UCAAUAAGAAAGCAAUUGACUACAAAGCAAUUCUAAGAACGACUACGUAAAACUCCAUUCAUAUGCGUUUCAAUAGAGUUAGAAUGUCGAUAAUUAUAACUAUUAUUAUUCUUAUAGUUACUGCCCUUAUUUAUUUCAAUGGAUCUUUAAAUUUAUCACAAUCAUCAGGUCCAUUACCUAGUAAUCCUCCAAUUACUCAUAAGGUUUAUUUUGAUAUAAGUGAAGAUAAUAAACCAAUUGGUAGAGUUACAAUUGGAUUAUUUGGAACUGUUGUACCUAAAACGGUUGAAAAUUUCAGACAAUUGGCAGUAUCUCAAAAUCCAAAAUUUGGAUAUAAGGAUUCUGUAUUCCAUAGAAUUAUACCAAAAUUUAUGAUUCAAGGUGGUGAUUAUGAAACUGGUCAAGGUUAUGGUGGGAAAUCUAUUUAUGGUGGUAAAUUCGAAGAUGAAAAUUUUGAAUUAAAGCAUGAUCGUCCAUAUAGAUUAUCUAUGGCUAAUGCAGGUAAGAAUACUAAUGGAUCUCAAUUUUUUAUUACUACUGCUAUUACUUCUUGGUUAAAUGGUGCUCAUGUUGUAUUUGGAGAAGUUAUUGAUGGAUUUGAAAUUGUUCAAUAUAUGGAAAAGGCUAAAACUGGAGCUCAUGAUCGUCCACUUAAAGAUAUCAAGAUUUAUAGUAGUGGAGAACUUCCAGUUAAGAAACAAACUUAAGACAAUUUUAAUUACGUUAAUAUAUAGAGUCUAUACAGAAUGUA